UUCCUGGUUUGCAUCGAGCAGGUGCUGCAGAUCCGGAGCUCCCGUCUGCAUGCCUCCCUCCCGCAACAUCAGCGCCUUGGCAGGUUCCUGUCACUGUUGCUAUCCUCCCUCUUUCAUCUGUUUCCGAUUAGGUUGCUCGCAAUGAUAGACGGAACAGAUCUCGAUCUAUUGUAUUCCGUUCUUGCUCGUGUGGAACUUCCCCUCGAUACAGCCGCCCUGGCACUUCGAGACUCUUUCUCCUCUAGCGUCCGGCGGUUUGACUUCGCAUGUGCUCUUAGUGUGCUGCUUAGCGAGAGAACGCUACUUCCGAAUCCUGCAAUUCGGUUGUCCGCUCUGUACAUACUCCACGAUUUGUAUGAGUCAGUUCCUGCCGAUGCUCAUCCCUUCUUGUCAACGUUUUUGGAUUAUAUCACGCCGGACAUGAAGGGACCGAGCCGAACCGGGGAAGGGACCAGAGGGUUGGAUGUGACGAAUUGUGAACGAUAUCUAGUGUCGCGGCUUUUGGUGGAACCGAAAGGCGCCAGAGAAGAGCUCUCGCGUUGCUCCCCGAAACAAUUGCUGAUGCAGCUAGAUGUUUCCCGAAUUUCGCAAACGCUGAGCGAUCAGCAAGUGCUAGCGGCCUUGACUAGUCUGAGGCAAUGCGCUGACAAGUUCUACGCAGCAGCAGCAACCACCGACGGCGUUUUUGCCAUCCCGAUGAGCGAGGACCCGGCGGACCCCACGGUAGAAGAAGCGUUGGUAGCCGCAAAGGAUCUAUUUUCGGGAGCUCGCACGGAUGGGGAACAAUUGGACCUGCUUGGCUUUGCGCCGCCUUUUUCCGUGCCGCCACCAGGCAUUCUCCUGCCAGCUUUGGAAGAAGUACUGUGGCUUGACCCUCCGGAGGUGAUGCACCGAAUUGAGUGGGAUUUCAGCAUGUGCCAAACUGUAGCUCGAAAAGAUGAAGUGCGGAGAUUGAUGUCUAUGGCACUCAAAGGACCGCUUUCAUUAGUACAACUGCAGUCCGUGAUUGGCGCUCUGGAAGCGGAUCCAAACAUGGUCAACUCUUGUGGACUUUCUCCACAAAAUCUUCCAGAUCUUGUGGAAAACAAUCCAAAUCUUGCUGUGGAGUCAUUGCUUCGAUUAAUGGGGACACCAAGGCAGCAAGAGUACUUGAAAGUUCUAGUCACGAUCAACAUGUCCCUCCAUUCAUUGGAAGUUGUUAACCGACUAGCCAAUGCCGUGACACUUCCCCCGGAUUUCUUACACAUGUAUAUUGUACAUUGCAUUGGAACAUGCGAGUCUAUUCGCGAUAGAUAUAUGCAAAAUCGGCAAGUGAGAUUGGUGUGCGUUUUUCUACAGUCCCUGAUUCGCAAUCGGACGAUAUCUAUUACUGAUUUCUUUGUGGAGAUUCAAGCGUUUUGCAUACAAUUUUCGAGAAUUAGAGAAGCGGCUGGGCUGUUCCGACUGUUGAAGAAAGAAGCAGAACAGGGUGGGCAAGGUUGAGCGCUGUGGAACGUCCAUGGAGCAUACUCAGGAGUAAAACAUGCACGAUUGGUAAAUAAGGCACAAUAAAAGAGCUAAGCGAAACGAGUGAAACUACGCGUCAAUUGUGAAGCGUCAAUGAUAAAGGGCAUUCUACUAGCGUCCGCCCUGUGCUCUGAAUUGGUGGUUUCAUCAUAUACAUUCUUC